AUGGCUGAAAAUGCUAAUAACGGUGUGAACAACAAUGCAAAUCUAGGUAAUGCAGCUGAAGCCGAUCUUCCAUUGAGAAACUAUGUACUCCCUACUGUUACAGGGAUGCAUUCAAGUAUUCGUCCUCCUACUGUAGUGGCGAAUAAUUUUGAGAUAAAACCCUCGAUCAUUCAGAUGGUACAGAAUUGUGUACAAUUUGGGGGAUUACCAAACGAGGAUCCAAAUCUCCAUAUUACCAACUUUUUAGAGCUGUGUGCUACAUUCAAAAUAAGCGGGCUUAUGAACUACUCCAUGAAUAACUACAAUUGGCCUACUGAGCAUGAGAAUAAGAAGGUGGUAAGAGUCUUAGAGGACGAUCCUAUUGCUUUAUUGAUUGCACAAGUGGCAUCCCUCACCAAGCAAUUGCAGCAGAAUAACCUCGCUGCACAAGCAAUGCAAGCACAUGUUAUUGGUAACUUUUCAAGACCUACACCCAACACCUACUCAAAUUUAUAUACUCCUGCGUGGAAAAAUCACUCUAACCAGUCUUGGAAAAAUAACCAAGGUUUACAACCACAGUAUCCACCUCAACAAUCACCUCAUCAACCGACUCAUGGACUACAUUCUAGGCCUUAUUAUGCUCCAAACCCACGCCCAUCUCAUCCACCACCACAUCCUCCAAUGAACUCACCAACAACUCAACCAGACCAAUUAAAUCAAUUCUUGACAGAGACAAGGCCUUCAAUCAUGAAUUUGGAGACACAAAUGGGUCAAUUGGCUAAACUACUUUCAAGUAAACAGCAAGGGAAUUUUCCUAGUUCCACAGAGGUAAAUCCAAAAGAGCAAUGUCAAGCCGUCACUUUGAGGAGUGGGACUAAGUAUGAUGGACUUGUAGUUGAUGACAAGGGAAAAAAGACAGAGGAUGAACAUGUUACUAGUCCAGCACAAGAGGAGGUUACUGAAGACCUUCCAAAGACAGAGAAGCCAAAAUACACCGAGCCUACACCAAAGAUUACUUAUCCUCAACGGUUUCGAAAGGCCAUUAUUGACAAACAAUUCUCCAUAUUUCUUGAGGACGUUCUAGUAAAGGUAGAUAAGUUCAUUUUCCUAGCAGAUUUCAUUGUAUUAGAUAUGCAAGAAGAUGAGGACGUGCCUAUUAUAUUGGGACGACCAUUGUUAGCCAUGGGGCAAGCAUUGAUAGAUGUCCAGAAGGGUGAGUUAAGGCUUAGAGUACAAGGUGAUGAGGUCAUUUUUAAUUUUUUUAAAGCCUUGAAAUAUCCUUCAGCUAGUGACAGUUGUUUUAGUGUUAGUGUAUUGGAAGAACAAGAAAAAUGGAUUAAGUCUAUUAAGGAUCUACUUGAGUUGAGUUUGGUUGCAAGUCCUGAAGAGUGUGCUAGUACUGAAGCCAGUGAAUAUGUUAAGUGGUUGAACUCAUCAGGGAAAAUUUAUAAAAAGAAAUAUGAGGAAUUAGGGCAAGUGCCUAAGAGACCUCUCCAAUCUAUAGAGAAGCCACCAUUUCUUGAGUUAAAGACUUUACCAAAUCAUCUUAAAUAUGCUUAUUUGGGUAUGAAUGAUACUCUCUCGGUUAUUAUUUCAGCUUCAUUGUUUCUUAUUGAAUAA